CGCCAAACGGUUCCGUGGAGGGCCAGUUGGGAGUCCCGCUCUGGUGCCACGCCUCAUCCCUGACGCUGGCUCGUCUGGCUCGACCAUCCCGUGUCCCGUCGCUCGCGGACGAGAAGUCGAGGGACCCCCCGAACUUGUUUUUUUGACGUAUGUGCCCUAUUGGACGGGGGUAGGCGCGCUGGUGGGAGGCCACGGAUGAAGGCGGGCAGUGUCGAAUAUCAUUUUCUGCCGGUUGGGCUCCUGUACGUAGAUCACCCUCCGCCUCCCUUUUUCCCCCUUCUUCCAUCCCACAACACUAUACUCUGGAUAUUCUGAACAAAACCAACUUGCCUCCACAUCCAGACUUCCUCUUCCGAUCUCAUCAUUCUUUGAUUGUAGAUCCGAGCAGACCCGAUAUGCAACUUUACCCCUCAUCAACUUACCAAUACACUUUCAAUGUCACUCGCAGAGUCCACCAGCCCCAGAUCAGACGUCCAGCUUGGCACAUAACUUGAGAAAUCCCAAAAAAAAGAAUAACAUUAUCAUUUACCAGAGCUACUUGGCUCUUGAGCGAAUCUCCAUUUCACACAUCUUCAUCACCGUCCUCAUGGCUCCUACCCGUGAUCCGGUGCCCGCGAAGGGCCGCGGUCGCUUCGCCAGACUCAGGCGGCCCUCAGUCUCCAUCCCAGACAACACUCCUCUUGAGAGACUUGAUCUCUCCAACGCCAACGUCUCCGAGAUCUCACUUGCCCCCAUGGAUCGUUCGGUAAACGACAGCGGAUCCGACUUGAGCGUCAGCUCAGCCGGAGACUGGAGAAACAAGAACGGCGCCGCAAAGCCUCCCUUGAAGUUCAAACCCCCCAUGCUUCGCACCCGCCCUUCCCGACCAGAGCUCAGCCGCCCGUGGAGGCGAUCUACUGAGAACCUUUACACCACAGCCGAUGAAACCAAUGACUCGGAUGUUGAGUCCAAGUACAGCUCCGAUACUGCCUCAACCCUCACGACCGCGACGAGCGUGGACGACUCUGACUCUCACUCCUCCAAGUCCGUCUCAUAUACCCAAGCCAUUCGAACUCGGCCAUUCACCACCGAAAAGCAGGUCGUCAGGACUAGCACCAUCCCUCCUGCGCCAGCCAAGCCCGCCAACCUCAAGGGCACCCGCGUCGACGUCGUCGCGCCCAAGAGGCAAACUAUCCACAUCGAGGUGGCCCCUGUAGCUCCUGCCCCUCCCGUUGUCCAACAUAUUACCUCACACGACCUCAUUGAGCGCGAGAAGGUUCAAGAUGAGCUCAACAAGCAGAUCGCGCGCAUGAGGGAGGAGGCCAUGAGCCUUGUCACCAGGCAGACCGACACAGACAGAAGACUCGGACAUGCUCUCGACCAAAUUUCGGAACUCUCAGCCGCCAAGGAGAAGACUGAGAAGCAACACCGUGAAGAAAAGACCCUCAAGGACCAGAUUACUCGCGACUAUGGUGAGCAGAGCCGCCUCCUCGAUGACGUGAGAAGCGCUCUUGGUGAGCAUGAGAAGAGGCUCGAUGAUGUUGAGCGUGAACGAGAUCAGCUCAAGGGCAUCAAGGAGCAACUAGAAGUCAACGCCGCCAAGCUCGAGAAGGAAAUUGAGCAAGAGAGGGAAGCCAAGACGGAGAUGACCACCAAGAAUGCAGUACUUGAGAAGGAUCUCGUUGAGCAGGAGAAGCUUCUUGCCGAGCAGGAGAAGCUUCUUGCCGAGCAGGAGAAGCUCACCAAGAAAUUUGAGGCCCAAUGCCACGACCUUGAGAGGAGCGUCGGCGAUGCUCACUUUGUCACCAAAGAGACUGAGAAAUCCCUCAUCAAGAGGAUUGCCGCUCUCGAGAUGAUCAAGAACACCAUGGAGAUCCGAGUCACUGGACUUGAGACGGACCUCAUCCGCAAGGGCACUGAGAUUGGCGACAUCGCCGCCGAGCGUGACCUUCUCCGCAUGGAAGUCGACAAGUACAAGCCCCAAGUCGACGAACUCAACCGGGAGAACGGCGCCCUGAUAGAGGCCAAGAAGGGCCUGGAGGCACGCAUCGACGAUCUCGACCAACAGAAGAAGGGUCUCGAGGCAAACAUUGAGAAGCUCGAGACGGAGAAGAAGGACGCCCAAGCCAGCUUCGAUGCCCUUGAGGCCGAGAAGAAGGGCCUCGAAGCCGACAUGGAGAAGCUUAACACCGAAAAGAACGACAUUCAGACCCGCUUUGGCGCACUUGAAGUCGAGAAGCAAGAGGUUGAGGUCCGCCUUACCCAGCUCGAGACCACCAACACUGACAUCCAGACCCGGUUUGAGAGCCUCGAGGCCACCAAGGGCGAGCUUGAGCUCAGCAAGGGUGAGCUCGAGACCCAGGUGAAGGACCUCGAGGGCUUCAAGACCAAGUACGACAAGCUCAGAACCCGCAUCGAAGGGCUCAAGGGCAAGAACACGACACUCCAAGGGCAGGUCGGCGAGCUUCUCAAGGAUCAAGACGACAAGAUGUCUCAGAUCUCUAGUCUCGCAGAGGAACGUGACAUACUCCGCUCGGAGAACGAGUCGCUCAAGGACGAGAACGAAUCCGUCACUAGCGAGCUCCGACGUGCCGAGUCACUCAUGGGAUCUAUCGCCGGCUCUCUCCCUGGUUCACUUGCACCUUCGGUCAUCGGCUCCGCCGCCCCGUCUGUCAUCGGCUCGGCAGAUGACAGCGAUACAGACACUGUCAAGGGUGAGGAUGAUGAGGCCCCGCCCGCUCCCGAAGAGGCUCCUCCAGCUCCCCCAGCGCCCGAAGAAGCACCCCCCGCACCCCCAGUGGAGGAGCCUCCUGCGGUCCCCGUCAUCGAAGUCAUCGAGGAGGCUGAGGUUGUCGAAGAUGCACCGGCGCCGGCACCCGAGGAAGUCAAAGACGACGCCGCCAGCGUCACCUCAGCGGCACCCUCUGAGCUUUCCAAGGCCGUUCCGGAGCCCGAACCCGAGGUGGUGGAGCCUGAGCCCGCCCCAGCUCCCGAGCCGGAGGCAGCUCCCGUCGAGGCCGAUGCCGUCUCCGAGAAGGCCGAGUCCGUGUCCGCCAAGUCCAUCACGCCCUCCGAGCCGGCAGUCAUGGAGGAGCUCCGCAACCGCAUCGCCGAGCUGACGGACCGCAACGAUCAGCUCCAGUCCGAGACCGUCAAGCUUGGCUCCCUCACCGCCGAGCGUGACGAUCUCGUCACCCGCGUCGCGAGAUUGGAGACGGAGGCCGUCAUGGCGCCUGCGCUCCGCCAGGAGAAUGCAACCUUGACGUCGCAGCUGUCUCUCGUCAAUGCCCAGCUCGACGGCAUGCGCGCUUCCUACGACGCCUCGGUCGCUGAGGUCAACAGCCUCAAGGACCAGAUUGGUCAGCUGCGGGGACGUCUGUCUACGCCUUCGGUGCAGUCGCGCUCUCGAGAGUCGUCCCAUGCGAGGGCGCCGUCGACGAAGACAAAGAAGAAUGAUGAUAAGAAGAAGGAGCAGUUGGUGGUUGUGCGCAACCCCAAUGAGCGAGGUGGAAUUCAAAUCAUACGAAGAUGCGAUCUACGGGGUAUGAAGAGGUCGUCGUCUCAGCACUCUCACUCCGAGGGUGACAAGAGCGAUUAAAUCCUUACGACUUAUUUUUGGGAUUAUGGAAAUGGGAAUAGCGAGGGAAUGGCGAGUGAUUAGCGUGGCGAAGGACGGACGGACGGACGGAUAGCACGAGUAUAGCGUCUCCUUUGUGUUUUCUUUCUUCUCCUUUUCUGUGUUGGGGCAACAUAGCAUGCGAUGGAUCGGUUCCUCGCUUGGGUCUUUCAUUGAUACUUUUACUCUUUCUCCUUUGUCACUGCGGAAUUUGGAAUGGGCAUGGAUACGGAACGGACUAGACAUGUAACGGAUCGCAUGGGCGGAUUCUGGAAGACGGUGUGCCCUCAAGGGCGCGAAACAGCAUGCAUCUUGUAGACUUCUUGUGUCGUGUAGCUAGUCACUUGGUCUUGUAUUUAGAUAGCGCCAUUGUAGGUUAUCAGG